UUGAAAAAAGAGAAAGAAGAGAAAGAGAGUGGCCAUGGCCGUGCUGCCAGAGCUCCAAUGGCGGCUCAAAGUCUCCAAGAAUCCUCUCGCAUCAUCGCCAUCCCAUCACCAUCCUCAAACCAAGCCAUCUCUCUGGAGCUCAGGCAUUCUUCGGUCAGCAUCUCCUUUCUACCAACCCAUUCGCUGCGCUGUUCGUUUCAGGCCCUGCAUCGACAUUCACAAGGGGAAAGUGAAGCAAAUAGUUGGUUCAACGCUCCAAGACUUGGCUAGUAGCGCCUCCUCAGCUCUUGUUACCAAUUUUGAGUCUGAUAAGUCCUCAGCCGAGUUCGCUAAUCUCUACAAGCGGGAUGGGCUCACUGGUGGCCAUGUUAUCAUGCUUGGCACCGAUGUUGCAAGCCAAUCUGCAGCAAUUGAAGCCUUGCAUGCAUUUCCAGGGAGUAUGCAAGUUGGAGGUGGGAUCAAUGCAGACAAUUGCAUCAGUUAUCUUGAUGAAGGAGCUAGCCAUGUGAUUGUUACAUCGUAUGUAUUUAAUAAUGGACAAGUGGACCUUGAACGUCUGGAGAAGCUUGUUCAUAAUGUCGGGAAGCAUAGGCUUGUGUUGGAUUUGAGUUGUCGAAAGAAGAAUGGGAGGUAUGCCAUUGUCACUGAUAGAUGGCAGAAGUUUAGUGAUGUGUUUGUCGAUGAGCAAACAUUGGGCGAAUUGGCAGGGUAUGCUGAUGAGUUCUUGGUUCAUGGAGUUGAUGUUGAAGGUAAAAGGUUAGGCAUUGAUGAGGAGCUUGUGGAAUUGCUAGGCUUGUACUCACCUAUUCCUGUGACUUAUGCUGGUGGUGUCACAACAAUGGCCGACUUAGAGAGGAUAAAGGCAGCAGGCAGUGGGCGUGUCGAUGUCACAGUCGGUAGUGCUUUGGACAUAUUUGGAGGCAAUCUAGCUUAUACAGAUGUGGUUGCAUGGCAUAAAAUGCAAGUCAUGGCAGUGAAAUAACCACAAAAGGAUCUGGACUCACCUGAAACUAAUAAACCAGUGAGUUUCUUCCCUCAUUUUCAUUUCCAAUGGCAUGGCAAGAACUGGUUAAUCCCCCAAAAGCUAAUAGAAUUUAUUAUUUAGAAGAGCUUAUUUUAGGAAUAAUAAUGCAAAUCACUUUUCAGACUUACUGCUUCUUGACCAAAUAUUCCCUUUCGAUCUACUCUGUUAUAAAGCUAGAGAUGGUUAGAGAUGGUCAGGCUGGUUUAUGAAGAUAUGAAUUUGGGAACUGGCAUUUGUUCUUCACGUAUUCAUACUUAACCUAGUUUUAUGAAGCUCUUUAAAAGCCAUGUGACCAGGCAAUAGUGUUGAAGAUUUCAGCUGUUGAAGCAGGAUUGUUAUUUUGUGAAACAAUGUUGGCUUUUUAAUUGUCAGUUUGAAUAAAUUAUCUUAAUGAAGUGCAUUUUUCUA